AUGCCGGAUCUGUUCUCGCUGCCGGAGUCGACCGCCGCCAACGACAUCGUCCUACUCCCGUUACUCUUCUCCUCCAUCUCGCCUACUCUCAAUUUCUCUAAUCUCCCUGCACCCUAUUUGCAUUCCACUGUGCUUUCCGGAAUCGAUCAACGCCAUCCCCACUGCUUUCGACUCCUCCUUACUAUAUCUCAUGUCACCCCUCUGCCUUCUCCUACUCUCUCAUCGUACAUCGCCAUCAUCGAUUCAGCAUCCACCACCGGAAGACGAAGCUCGCCGGAAACCCUCACCAUCGUUGUCAGCCUUGCGGAUUACACGGUCAUCCACCAUCAUCGUCCAGGAUCCGUAUCCGAUCACCCACCGCUGUCAGCCACCAUUGUAAACCUACCAUUGUCAGUCAGCCACCAUCCUCAACUUUGCUAUUCUAAGGCAAGCAAAAUGCUUUUGGAAGUUGGAACUUGGAAGAUGUAGUAAGCUUGCUGAAGUUUAAGACUCGGUGUUUGGAAAUUGUACGUAGUUCAUGGGGACACAUUCUUGCUUGUUGUUGGCUUGUUGCUUUCAGGUAAAUGAGUUGCGACAACAAGUAUUAAACAUGCAACAAGCCAUGGAUCAAAGGUAAAGUCAAAUGUAUUUGCAAAUGGAACAAAUGUGAAAUGAAAUGGAAUUGCAAAUGCAACGACAAUUGGCCUCCCUUUAUGAGACAACUCAAUGCGUCCGGUAGUCCACUAAGUAGUUCUUAGUUUUUGUUUUAAAACACUUAAUGAAUGUUAUGUUAUUGACUAGUUCUUAGUUUUUGUCAUGGCAUUGUAAUGGUAUUUUGAGUAUUUGAAUGUAUGAAUGUUAUGUUAUUGAC